AUGCAGGCAUCGACGCUGCCGGCGGACGUCUCGGCGCCCUUCUCAUUUGCGUUUGGCUCGUGCACCAUGGCGGUGCCCUUUCUGUACGAUCUCGUCGGCUUUGGAGGCAACCUCGAGUACAUUGCCUCUGUCUUGUCGCCUGCCUUUAUGCUGCUCCUCGGCGAUCAAGUGUACGCAGAUGUCGACAUGUAUCCGCGGGACACGGACGCCUUGUACGAAGCGACGGUCCAGGACCGGAGCUAUCAGGCGCUGACGCAGUCGACGCCGAUCUUUAGCAUGUACGACGACCACGAGAUUUACAACAACUGGAACCAAGGCGAAGACGACGACCCGCUGUACACCGAACGCGUUGGCCUCUUCCAUCGGUACUUUGGCCAGCGCAACCCUCGGCCGCUGCGAGACGGCGAUCACUACUAUGCGUGGCAGGCGGGCGCGGCGUCCUUCUUCAUGCUCGACGUGCGCAAGUACGCGUCGCCCAAGGCCAUGGUCGACGGCCCGCAAAAGACGAAGCUCGGCGCCGUGCAGAAAAGCCAUCUCCUUUCGUGGCUCCUUGCCGCCGAGACGCCGUUCAAGUUCAUUGUCUCGCCCAUGGUCGUCUCGAGCCUCGGGCUGCACAGCACGGACGAGGGCUGGGCGCUGUACCGAGCCGAGUACCACGAGAUCUUUGAUGUUGUCGUGACGCACAACAUCUCGGGCGUUGUCGUGCUCUCGGGCGAUCUGCACUGGGCUGGCUUUUUUCAGCACGGCGCCUACCCCUUCUUGUUCGAGGUGCGACCCACCAUGAACGUGGCGUACAUGGAUUGCGCUCUGUAUUAG